AUGCGUAUCGUCGUGUCGUUCGAUCUUCUUCUUCUUAUCAGUUUCUUAUUACAACAUCUACAUAUUUGUUUAACUAAUGUUGAUCAUAAUCGUUUAUUCUAUGCUAAAGAAUUUUUAAAUCGUUUUGGUUAUAUAAAAUUAAAUGAUUCAUCAGUACAUAUUUCUCCAUCAAUUGUUCGAGCAUUUCAACGUUUUGUUGGUCUUAAUCAAACAGGUAUCAUCGAUGAAUUAACUUGGCAAAAAAUGCGUGAACCUCGUUGUGGAAAUAAAGAUCUUCGACGUAUUCAAAGACGGAAACGUUUUAUCCUACAAGGUAGUCGUUGGCCAUCUAAUGAACCAUUAACAUUUCGUAUAGUUAAAUAUCCAACAACAUUUCCACAACAAUUUGUUGAUACUGAAUUAACCAAAGCUUUAAAAUUAUGGAGUACUUCAUCAAGUCUUGAAUUUGAACAUCGAAAAUUAAAAAAACAGGAUGAAUUAAAACCUAAUCAUUUAGAUCGUAAAACAGAUAUUAGAAUAUCAUUUGAAAUUGGCGAUCAUGGUGAUACAGAACCAUUUGAUGGUCCAGGAAAUGUACUUGGUCAUGCAUUUUUUCCUCAAUAUGGUGGAGAUGCUCAUUUUGAUAAUGAUGAAUAUUGGACAACAAAAAGUACAGAUGGUGUUAAUCUUUUUCAAGUUGCUGCACAUGAAUUUGGACAUUCAUUAGGAUUAGAACAUUCGAAUAAACCAGAAGCAAUUAUGGCACCAUUUUUUAAAGGUUAUACACCAAAUUUUACAUUACAAGAAGAUGAUAUUCGAGCUAUUCAAGCAUUAUAUGGAGGAAAACCAUCAAAAUCAUAUUCUUCUCUUUCAUCUACUAAUAUUGAAACUUAUCAACCUGUAGCAAAACAAAUGGCUCCAUCGGUUAAAUCAUCAAAUAGAAAUUCCGCUCUAUGUCUUGAUCCUGAAUUUGAUGCUAUUACAAUUAUAGAUGAUGAUACAUAUAUAUUCAAAGAUAAUUUAGUUUAUCGACGUUCGAAAUCAUCAUUGGAAAUUGAUUAUCCAAGACCAAUUCGUGAUGUAUUUGGACGUUGGGAAGGUGGUAUAUGGCAAACAUUACCUGAUCAUAUAGAUACAUCAUUACUAUGGCCUAAUCAACAAAUAUUUUUUUUCAAAGAUAAAUAUUAUUGGAAAACAAUUCGUUUUCAAUUACAAACUGGUUAUCCACGUCUAAUAAGUGAUGGUUUUCGUGGUCUUGAUGAACAACAUUUUUUUACUGGUCAUCUUGAUGCUGCUUUUGUUUAUAGUGGUGAUAAUCAUACCUAUUUUAUUAAAGAUGCUAUGAUAUGGCGUUUAAAUAUGAAUAUGGAAUUUAUUUCUUCAAUUGAUAUAGAUUAUCCUCAAUUUGUAUCCAAUUGGUUACAUAUAGGAGAUAAAAUAACAAGUGCAUUACAAUGGAUUAAUGGUCGAACAUAUUUUUUUUCUCAUCAACUCUAUUAUCGAUAUGAUCAUAUUAAUCAUCAUAUUGAUGAUUCUUAUCCAACAUAUCCUCGUCCAAUAUCUGAAUGGUGGCUUCAAUGUAAUCAAGAAACACCAAUGUCAUCGGAAUAUCAUUUAUCUCGAUGGAAACGUACAAAUAAUACAAAUUUUGAUAAUAAUGGACGAAGAAAAAAAAGCGAAGAAAAUUUAUGUCUGAUUAACAUUUUAGUUUUCAUCAUCACAUAUUACCUGUGA